AUGUCGACAUCGCGACAAUCCUCGUCGCAAGGUGGGCUCGCGGCGUUGCUCCGAUCGAGUGUUCGAAACUCUAUUGACCCUGGGCUUUCUGACUUGGCGGCACUGGUUUCAUCUUUUGAGCGCAUUGCCAAGUCCCCUUUCCUGAGGAAGGAAAAGGGGUGCUCUGGAAUGACUGACGAUGCCAACUACGGCGAUUCAAAGUAUUCUGAUGAAUCCAAGGCGAAUGCGGAAGAACUCAUUAGUGCAACUCGUCAGAAUACUGACCAAGUUGACGCCAACAGCAAGGCUGUGGCUUCAAAGCCCUUUUUCAGAGGUCAUCGGAGGAACCAAGCGGUUGCGUGCAUUAGCACAAACAGCCUUCGAUCCGAGACGCCCACAUCAACCCAAAGUGCGAAUGCAACCAUCAUCUGCCCCGAACCCAUUUCUCCAGCUCGCGAGCUCAGAGUCAGAAACAGCAUCCCCCAGCUCAUGAAGGCGUUGCCUUCUAUCCCCAACGAGUCGCCCUACAUGUCACCACAUGCGUCUAUCAGGUCUACAGACGACCUACGCUUUCCGGUUGAGUUCUCCCCUUUCAAGCUUGAAAUCCUCGCGACUCCUCGAUCAAGUCCUAGGAUUACUCUCAAGUCAACCGUCGAGGAUCAUGAGUCUUACAGGGCGAGCAUCGAGAUCGAGACAGAUUCUUUGGACCGAUCUACAGAUCGGAAAUCAGUCUCGAGCGAGGUGAACAUCAUCGAAGAUGUGCCUGUUUCUUGUACACCUUAUGAGCAAAAUUCAGUGGAUGUCGGGUGCGCAGCCGAACCGCGAGGACCGACCCAAAGUAUUCGACUAAGGACAUCGCGUGAUCCGCUGGGCAUGGAAUUGGAAGAGAAUCCAAGCGGCACUGUCAGACGUUACCUGAGCUUCUCCAAAGACAGACCUCUCAGCGACUUGGUGGAAGACCCGUCGGAAGGCACCCAGGCCCAGGUGCAAGACAGAAAACCUCGGGAUGGCCGAGUAUACCAGCGUAAGGGAAGACAGUUUCGCCUCGUGACGCCCAACGGGCGAGGCGCCAGGAGAGUAAACCGUCCGCCUUACUCUCCUGCAGAUACUAACUCUAGUGAUGGAUACUUACAUGAGCGUUACAUACCUCUGGCUCACCCGGUUGACGAGAAUCUGAGGCCAAGCAGCUCUAUCGAGGGUUACGAUUUGAGCGACACACGCAGCUUCAGCUCCGACUUGAGUUUCAUUCGCCCAAAAAUUAUCCGCAAGAAGCUUUCCCACCUGAAGAUUCGCAUGGCCAGAUCACGUCUCAACCUGAGGGGAAGGAACAUUGGUUCAACGGAUUCUGACGCCACCAUUCGAUUGCAAGUUCAACGGGGUGUAUCAGCACCUGGCCAGUCCAAGAAAGUGGGCAAAAGGAUGAAAGGGUGGUUCAGACGAGCUGUCCACAUUGUCAUCAGGAGGCGGUGA